AUGGAGAACGGAAAGCUAGAUUCCAUAUUCAGAAACACUCGCUAUGUGCUGCUGAGAGACACAGCUCAGUCGAACUGGUCAACACUAAGGAUGGAUCAAAGAACCAAGGACUACUUCUUUAAACACAACAAAGACCACCAGCUGGCGCACUGGGCCCUGGCACCUGUCAGACUCAACCACUGGCUGUCCUCGUUGCUUUUCCCGGGACAGCAGCAGCAGCAGCAGCCCCAGGCCGAGUCCUAUGCAGUCAAUGACUUCUAUGAGCGUUUGUCCCACGGUCGCCAGCUAAAGAUCUACCUGCCAAAGAGUGCGGAAACGCUGGAGUUCACACCGGCCAACGACCCCGCGCAUACCCAUCUGUACUGGGAAAAGAGAACCCAUAGGGUGACAAGAGGCAGGGUGUCUGGAACCGGCAACGACCGACGCUGGUCUAUCGACAAGGUGACGAUUGGAGACGAGGGGACGUACACCCAGAGAGACUUAUGGAAAAACGAAAUCUCCACUGUGAAGGUGGUGGUCACAUGGGAGACUCUCUACAUCUCCCUGGAGGGCCUUGAGCUAGCUGAUGCCGUCCUGUCCUUCUCUGGAGAGGGAGGCAACUUCACACUGGUCCAGGACGGGGUUCCGGUCAGCCAGCACCUACAGGAGUACUGGAACCGGGUCAAGGUUCAAUAUUCCAACAUAGAGAUUAUGAAUGUCAACACCAGCGAUGUGGGCCAGUACACUCUGACAAACCACAAGUACCGCCGCGUGGUGUCUGUGACCCGGAUGGACCUGACGGACCAUCAUGAUGAUUCCAAGGGGAACCCUCUCCUGGCCCUGCUCCUGCUCUUGGGCAUUCCCGCCGGCAUCUGCUGCUGCUGCCGGAAGAAGAUCUUUAAGCAGAAGGCCUCCACCACCGCUACGCUACAGAGUACCCCAGAGACGGUACAUCCCCCUCCAGCUGGACCCAUGGGCCCUCCACCUGCCUACUACACCCCUGGACAACCAGGAGCGGCAUACUACCACGACUCUAACAUGGGUCCUGCGGUUUAUCCUCCCCCGAACCCAGCCGGCCCCCCAGCAGCCCCGUUCAAUCCAGCCUACAACCCACAGGACCCUGCCUACCCCCCCGUUUGUCCAGCCGUGGUCCCCCCCGCCCAGCCUCCGCAAUGGAGCGGUCCUCCGCCUGGACAGUAUGGCCCCGGGCCCGGCGCCCCCGUGAACUAUGCUCCUGCUCCAGAGAUGUACGGUGCCCCGCCACCAGCGUCCACUCAGCCAAUCAUGGAGGAAGUCAAGAUGGAGAAUAUGGCCCCCCAACCUACCGACCACCUACUGACUACUCCUAUGCAGGCAGCAGAUCCAUCAUCCCCCACGCCCCCCUUCUCCAGCAACGGUCUCAACCCCGCUGACGCCGCCUACCAGUUCCAGAUCGACUCCGGGAAGAGCUCCUCCACAAACUUCCUCUAA